ACGAUGAAAAGAAAUGCCAUUAUUGUGGAAGGAAAGGACAUUUGAUGCGAGAAUGUCGAACAAGACUAUUUGAUCAAAGGAAAGAACUAUCCACCAAUCAAAAUCGAUUAUUCAAUACUUACUCCCCGCCUCGAUAUGAUCAACGAUCGUUUAGACCGUACCGAAAUCAACAAUUGCCAAUUAGACAAGAUUUACGGGACAAUAGAGGAAGUCAAACAUUCUGA